UUUCGGGCCGAAACCCUUCUUCAGUCUGAGUGGUGCAAUCGCGGCUCGCAGUGCGCAGGCGCGGUAUCCAUGCACGCCGCCGGUUGCUGGCGUCGCUGUAAGAGGCGAUCGGAUUGGCUCGGGUGGGUCGUCACAGCGACCAUGGCCAGGCAAUCAGAGGCGGAGGCGUGUUGUGCCGUUGCUGGCAAAGGUCUUUGGUUGCUGGUGGCAGCGAAGCGGAGAAGUGACGGCGCUGGAGGGGCAGUUCCCUCUGGCCAAGCUGAGUGGAAUUAAUAGUGGGUGGUGUUUCUAACAGCUGCCCUACUGCCCCUGUGGCUGGGUGUCCCCUGGGUCGGUAUGACGGCCGGAUCUAUCGCAGUGCCACAUGUCAUCCCCUUGCGGGUGCCUUUGCCAGGCAAAGCCAAGCAUGAAAUCGAUACUAACACCCCUAUCGCAAUCAAGUCAGACACUCAAAAUGUAGACAUUUUCUACACCGUAAGUGGCAGCCGACCUCAACCCCUAAAGAAACCAAGCAAAGGGCACAGCUCCACCUUCAAGUACAGAAGACCGUUCACAUUGCCAGCAGGCAAAGGGACUGUGAAAGCUCUGGCUGUCUCUAGAGAUGGUCGGGAGAGCGGUGUGGUGACGAAGGUGUUUCUAGUCGAGUACCUGCCGCCCAGUGCAGCGGACAUGUUGGAAGAUGAUGGGGAGAAUUUCCUCCAGGAUUACAGAAAGGAACUUUCCCAACAGGAAACUCUGGAGAGGCUGUCAGCUCCCCCACUGGAAUGUGAUUCAGCUCCAAACAAGGGGAGCAGCCUUGCCUGGGAGGAUGCAGCUCAUACAUAUCAAGACCUGAAGAUAGAUGGCAGCAAUCCUCGCAAAUCAUUGAAGAGCCCACGAUUCCUAAGCAGCCGACUAGGAAUCCUGGCCACUGGACAUGAACCGCAGUCACACCCAUCUCAGCUGUCAGAUUCCCUGGUUUUACAUCCUAAAAAGACGCCCAGCAGUAUACAAGCCAAUCGAAUCCUGAGGGAGACUGACUUUCUAAAGUGCUCUCGUUGCUUCGCCCCUCGCCCAGCAGAUCCCUUUGCACGUUUCUGUCAAGAGUGUGGCUGCCCUGUCCCUCCGGUGCCCGGCCGUAGACUGCUGCCCCCGGAAGGAGCUCGGACUGGGCUUUGUGUUGAGUGCCAGACAAUGAUCCCAUUGAACACUCCAACGUGCAUCGUGUGUGAGGCUCCUGUAUCACCUCAGCUGGUGCCUCAGGCCAGCAUCCUCCUCCAGGACAAGAUCAUCUGUCGAUCCUGCGGAACAGGUAACCCAGCCAACAUCCUGCACUGUGUAACCUGUGAGACCAAGCUAUCAGAAUCUCCUAAGUCUCUUCUUAGUGGAGAUCAUGCUGUACCAUUACCAAGUCAAGUGGGAAAGUUGCUGUCUUGCUCCAAGUGUGGUCGGGUUAACAACACUAACGCUCGAUUCUGUGACUGGUGUGGAGCCAAGCCUGGCCCCCCUAUGAGUUAUCUCAGCUGCUCCAAAUGUGGAGCAUCUAACCAUCCAUACGGCCGUUUCUGCUCGUCCUGUGGCCUUUAUCUGGAGCCACCACCACGGGUGGACUCCCGCAACAGCAUGCUGUUUGAUGCCGGCCAUCCUGCCGCCCCGGAAGAGACCAUUGAUCUUCGUGAUUCUGCAACCUGGCAACCUUUGACCAUCCCGCUGCCAGGGUUCAGGCUGCCAGAGAAGGAGGAUCAAGGGACCCAAACUGUGGGUCUGUUUUACCCAUCGUGCAAGAUGAUGCAGAAGAAGGAGAUGGAGAUCACGUCUCAUCGUGGAAAGCAGCAGAGGACGAGCAAUCACCGUCCCCUCCUCACAGCGGUCAGCCCGGGCAGAGGAUAUUGGAGGCUGCAGGUAGACCACAUCUGUGCACACCUGCACACUUAUGCACACAACAACACUGAAUUUCGAGCUCUUAUUGGUGAACCUCAAAUGGGAAAAAUCAUAUCGACCACAGUUCACGAAGAUGGAUACGAGCUCAGUCUCCGUCUGAACUUUGUUCUUGCAGGAAAUAAGAACGUAGUAAGUGGAAACUCGGCGAAGGUUGCCCAGUGCAAUUACCUGAGCAGUGUGACUGAAGGGCGAGACCUGCUCUACAGCAGUCUGACCAGUCUGGGUAGUGACCAGCAGUCGGGCAGAGGGAGCGCCGGCAAGAAGCCAAAACGAUCACGGAGGAAAAAAGAAGGGUUGAAGAAGGAGCACAGCCUGCCUUCAGAAGACCAGCAGCUGUUGAAAGAAUUGGGGCCGACUAGUUUGGGAAGAAUCUCGGAAAUACAGCAGUUACUUGAUGAAGGAGCAGAUCCAAACUGUAGAAAUAGUGAGGAUCGUCCAGCCCUAACGGUGGCUGUCCUGAACCUGCACCACGAAGUGCUGCCAAUUCUGGUACAGAAGGGGGCAGAUAUUAACCAGCAGUCGGGCCGCAUGAACAAUACUGCUCUUCAUGAGGCUGCAGAAAUGGGAGCACAGGGAGUGAAGUGUGCAGCUGUUCUACUUGGCUGUAAUGCAAAUAUAAAGAAGAAAAAUGAUAAAGGUUUAACAGCGUACGACUUGGCUGUAAAGACAGGUAGUGACCAACUAACGUCGCUGUUUACUGCCAAGAUGGGACAGGGCAUGUUGGACAAACUUGCCAAGACCAAGCGCGUCAGCCUGGACAUUUUCUAACGCCUUCCUACAGAUGUAACAAUUCAGCAGCCAGGGCUGGAGAGGCUUUAAUCUGCAAUGGCCCAGAAAGCUUCACUUAUAAAGGCAAGCUCCUGCUCACUGAUGGCAGCUGUGGGUCCCACAGGCUGUCGUGGCAAACUCUGUUCUUUUCUAUUGUGUGACUAGCUGUCCGUGUAGAUCUGGUUGAC